UUGACGCAGAUUGAGUAGGGCGCUCUUAAAAGCCUUACUUAAUCCACAGACCUACUCUGCCACAAGUAGUCGCUUCAUCUGCCCAGGAUUCUCUGUCAUUUGCCCUACUGUUUGAUAGAGAAAGAGAAUGUCUUGGCUGGUAAAAGCAUCUAAUGCCACCAGAACUAGGCUAAGAGGCCUCUCUAAUUCAGGCGAGAGCCACCGGUCGCCAUGAAAGGAAAAAGUAUUCUUUUUUUUAAAUUACUGCUCUUACAUGUAGUGGCGGCGGUGGCUGAGAAGGAGAUAUUGCUGCAGUUUAAGGGGAAUGUGACGGCGGAUCCCCGAGGCGCUCUUGCCUCCUGGAAUGUCGCCGGCAACCCAUGCCAGGACUUCAAUGGAGUUACCUGCGGGGACAGCGGCAAAGUUGAAAAGAUUCUCAUACAUGGGGCUGAUCUCGAAGGGACGAUCUCUUCUUCGCUCGCCGGCCUCCCUUCCCUCCAGAUUCUCUCCCUCUUCGGAAACCGUUUCUCUGGGGGCGUGCCGCCGGAGUUCUCGGUUAUGGUAACCCUGAGGAAGGUCAACCUCAGCCGCAAUGAGCUUUCCGGUGAGGUUCCCGCGUUCUUCGGGGAUCUCCCAUCCCUUCGCCUCCUGGAUCUUGGUGAGAACUCCUUCUCCGGGGAGAUUCCCGAUGCUCUGUUUAAGAAUUGCUUCAAGAUGAGGUUCGUCUCUUUUUCGCAUAACCAACUCUCAGGCCCCAUUCCGACCACUAUCAGCAACUGUCUCGACCUCGUCGGAUUCAACUUUUCCUUCAACAAUCUCUCCGGAGGCUUUCCACUGCAGAUAUGUUCGCCGUUGGCGAUCUCAUUUAUUUCCCUGGGAAACAAUUCUCUCUCAGGGCCGGUCGCGAAUAAGGUCUCCGCCUGCCGGAGUUUGGAGUUCCUCGAUCUCGGAAGCAACUACUUCUCCGGUGAAACACCAUUCAGUCUUCUCUCUCUUGCAAACCUGAGCUACUUAAAUGCUUCCUUCAAUCGAUUCCAAGGAGAGAUGCCGGAGAUUGGCAGCUGCGGGGAUCAAGUGAAGUUCAUUGACGUAUCCUGGAACGAUCUAAGCGGAGCCAUUUCUCCGAGCAUCGCAAACUGUAGAGGGCUGAGGUCACUGGAUUUGGGAUUUAACCGGCUCACUGGAACCAUUCCGCCUGAGAUUGGAUUGCUCAAGUCUCUAUCAAUUCUGAGGCUGGAGAGCAACACCAUUACAGGAACAAUCCCGCCGGAAAUAGGAGAAAUUACGCUGCUCCAGUUCCUAGACCUGCAUAAUCUCCAGCUCUCCGGCGAAAUCCCAAUGUCCCUGAGCCAAUGCCAGUUUCUCCUCGAGCUGGAUGCGUCAGGAAACAAACUGCGGGGUGGAAUCCCGGUUGCGCUUUACAACAUGACUUACUUAAGACAUCUUGAUCUCCACGGAAACCAGCUCAAUGGUAGCAUUCCAUCAACCUUGGCCCAUUUGAUCCAGCUUGAAUUUCUGGACCUCUCCCAGAAUUCACUAACCGGAGCCAUCCCUUCUUCACUGGGAAACUUAUCUCUACUUACCCAUUUCAAUCUCUCCUACAAUAAUCUUGGCGGCAUAAUUCCUUCUGAACCAGUCAUCCAGCAAUUUGGUGCCUCUGCAUUUUCAAACAACCCGUUGCUCUGCGGCGCUCCGCUUAACAACCUAUGCGGUGAAUCUCAUCAAGCAAAGGUGCUGAGUAUUACCGCCAUUAUUGCCAUUGUCGCUGCUGCUUUGAUCGUUACUGGAGUCUGCGUUGUCAUUGCCAUGAACGUGGGGGCAUAUAGGAAGAAGAAGGAUGAACCAGAUAUACUCGUCUCUGAAAGCACACCUCCAGGAUCCAAUGGUUCAAAUGUCAUAAUAGGAAAGCUGGUUCUUUUCAGCAAGAGUUUGCCCUCAAAGUAUGAAGACUGGGAGGCUGGGACGAAGGCUCUGCUUGAUAAGGACUGUCUCAUUGGUGGUGGCUCGAUUGGAACAGUGUACAAAACGAGCUUUGAAAAUGGAAUCAUCAUCGCAGUGAAGAAGCUCGAGACACUGGGUAGGAUCAGGGAUCAGGAAGAGUUUGAGCAGGAAAUCGGCAAGCUUGGAAGCCUCAAGCAUUCAAAUUUGGCGACUUUUCAAGGUUACUAUUGGUCUUCCACGAUGCAGCUUAUGUUGUCUGAGUUUGUUCAUAAUGGUAGCUUGUACAAUCACCUACAUGAAUUUAACUUCUUGGGGAGCAUUAGUGGUGGUAGAGGUGAACUAUUAUGGGAAAGAAGAUAUAAAAUAGCUGUUGGAACUGCAAAGGCUCUUGCUUAUCUUCACCAUGAAUGUAAACCUCAGAUUCUGCAUCUUAAUAUCAAAUCUACCAAUAUUUUGCUGGAUGAGAACUAUGAGGCUAAACUCUCUGACUAUGGUUUGGGGAAGUUAUUGCCGAUUCUGGGAAGCCAAGAACUGACAAAGUUUCAUACUGCUGUGGGUUAUGUGGCACCGGAGUUGGCUUCACAGAGCUUGAGGUACAGCGAUAAGUGUGAUGUCUAUAGCUUUGGAGUGAUACUUCUAGAGAUUGUGACGGGAAGGAAGCCGGUGCAGAGCUUGGCGGCGGCGGCGGCGGCGAAGGUACUGGUUUUGCGAGACUUCGUGCAGAAAGCUUUGCAAGAAGGAACUUCGUUUGAUUGCUUUGAUAGGAAAUUGGGAGGAUUUGUGGAGAUGGAGCAGGUUCAGGUUCUCAAGUUGGGUCUGUUAUGCACUGUAGAUUCGCCGGCGAAGAGGCCUAGUAUGGGGGAGGUUGUUCAGCUUCUGCAGUCUGUCAAACCGGAUAACUCUUGAUAUUUGUGGUUAAAAAUAAGUUCAUUUGGUGAUUGUUUUGAACAUAAAUCGAGACUCGCGCAAGAACGAGAUUGGGGAAUGCUCGGAAAGAAAGCUGUUAACAAAAUAAUUAUUUUAUUGAUUAUUUGUU